AUGAUCGACCCAGCUGCACCACGACCUGAAGGUCAGCUCAUGACACCGGUGCGUGGUGAAAGUACUGGAGCUACAGCUCAAAACCAUCCACGGAGCCUAGAUAGCGCUUUGCAUCGGUAUGGAACGUCUGCUCCAAAAAGCAUAGCCGCAUUAGUCCUUGAUCAUGCUGGGCGACCGGGGCAGCAAAUCACUUACGGGAAACUACUGAGUAGAGCUAACAAAGUAGCUUUUAUGCUGCUGAAUAAAACUAUUGCAUCAGGAAAGGACAAUGUCAAGAUCCCUAUGUGCAAAGCUGGUGACCGAGUGGCCUUGAUUUAUCCAAAUACGGAACCGCUAGCGUUUUUAGCAGCCUUUUAUGGAUGCAUUUUGGCUGGUGUUGUACCUGUACCAGUGGAGGUACCACUGACUAAGCGGGGUCUUCCAAAGAGCACUAUCUCCUCAACUUCCAGUCUUCCGAAAACGACAGCGCCAUCUGGUUCCAGCUCACUCACUGGAAAUUCGCCAGAAAUAGUUGACCUCAAGUCAUGGCCACGAUUGUAUUGGAUCAUCACAGAGCAUUUGGCCAAACCCUCCCGAGACUGGGCUGCACCUCCAAGAGUUGCAGAUGAGAGCAUCGCCUACAUAGAGUAUUCGUGUGACCGAGAAGGUGCUGUGAAAGGUGUUUGCAUAUCGCGACAAGCUAUGCUUGCACAUUGCCGAGCUAUCACCGCCGCGAUGGAGUAUAAACAAGGACUGAAAACAUUUCCAGCUUCUGUCGCUUUGGUAAAGUCGCGAGAUCUGCAUUGGGGUUUAUUAGCCACUCGUGACCACAAAGACGUAAACUUAUCGUCUUUGAAA